CUGAGAGACCGUAAACAUGGCCAAUAAUCGGCAGAAAGCUGUGCAAGAAAAAGCCGCCGUCUCUGAAGCCGAGACGACGGAAAUGCUGUGCGUGGUGUGCUUCAAGCCGAUCGUCUUCUUCGCUAUUGGCGAAUGCGAUCACUUGUGUUGCUACGAGUGCUCUACUCGCAUUAGAGUGUUGUGCCAGCAGAACGAUUGCCCUAUCUGCCGUAGAGAUCUGGCCAAGGUUAUCUUUUCCAAAACGCUGGCACCGUACCAACAGCUUGAUGUGAAAAAUCGUUCUGGACUGUAUGACAAAAAAUACCGCAUCUGCUUCACCGACGCAGAAGUUCAGCAAGCCUACUUUGAUCUGCUGGACUACAAAUGCCCUCGGUGCGAUCAUAAAAACUUUCCUAAAUUUGAAAUGCUGCGCGAACACGUACGAAAGCAGCACGAGUUAUUCUACUGUGACAUCUGCACGGAACAUUUGAAAGUAUUUUCUUCGGAACGGCGCUGCUACAAUCGGCAGGAGUUAGCUUUGCAUCGUCGCAAAGGCGAUCCGGAUAAGGUCGGUCAUCGGGGACAUCCGCUGUGUGAAUAUUGUGAUACGCGAUUUUUGGAUAAGGAUGAACUGUUCCGUCAUCUUCGAAAAGAUCAUUUCUUCUGCCAUUAUUGUGACGCGGAUGGAAGAAACUAUUUCUACGGAGAUUACGUAUCGUUACGCGACCACUUCCGGACUGAUCAUUUCCUCUGCGAAGAGGGUGAGUGUGAACAGGAGCAAUUUACAUCAGUGUUUCGAACAGAGAUCGAUUUGCGGGCCCAUCGCGCCUCAGUGCAUGGUAAAUCGAUGAAUCGGUUAGCAAACAAGCAAACCAGAACGUUAGAGCUUGAGUUUACGUAUGCGCCACGUCACGGGGGAGCGGCUGCCGUCGGAAACGCCGGUACAUCACAUUCUGCAGCUUCUUCAGGAGGAGUUGGCCCUUCAUCGAGCCGUUCUCGAGUGGGUCGUGGUGGAGGAAGUGGUGGUGGUGGUGGGCGCGCUGGCCCUCUAGCAUCCUCAACAGCCGACACGUUACAGCACGAACUGGACAAUCUGGACCUGACAAGCGAUCAUACGACCAGGCAACACCCAAAGAAGGUGAUAGAUGCUACGAACGAACAUGACUUUCCCACUCUCGGUGGUUCUGCGCCCAAUCCAGUAUUUCGACCGAAUAACGUCACGAUACGGCAACGUAUUUAUGGCGCAGCGGGACUUGCGCGGACGAAAGAAAACUUCCCGGCCCUCGGAUCGGGCGGAGGGGAGACGACCGGUCCGACCAGUCUGAAUGAAGGAUUUAGCAGUAAAAUCACGGCCAGUUCACUGCUAAAACCUACCCCGUCCGCUGCCUCAUCGGGUACGACGAGCAUGAUGAUUCACGUUUCUAACCGACCGUCGGGAUCGAGCGGUUCGAAAUCGAACGGAAUCGGGAAGAAAUCAAACGCUUCCGAUUUUCCUGCUUUACCCGGUUCAGCUGGUAAGGGAUCGGUCGGUACGAACAAAAAAGCUGGUGGUGAUGUGUACGCCGACAUGGAUGAUCGUGGCGGAACGUCGACGAUGGUCAAUCUUAACGCAAUAUCAGCGAAACAUCGAGCUUUGGUGGACGAUUAUGUGUCCGUGACGGGUGCGGUUUCGAAGGUAACGACCAUCUCUGCCAAGGAUGCUAAAAAGCCGUUAGCGGCACCGGUUCAAGCUUCCGUACCCAGCGUGAAAUCAACCAAAGCAUUUCCAUCGCUCGGGGAAAGCAGUUCCAAAACGGGAAUAGUGAAACCAGUAUCUUGGGCUCCGGGAGCAUCCAGCGGUGGUGCCAAUGCUUCGGCAGCCUCCAACAGCACCUCAGGCAAAAAAAAACCAACGCCAGCGCCAAAUUUAAAAGAUGAAACUGCUUUUGUGAAUCUGAACGCUUUAACUGGUAAAAAAUCGAGCGAUAAGAAGCAGAAGGAGCUCUCCGUCACGGCUAGUUCGGUUGAUACGCGUAACAAUAAUAACAGCAAUGGUGAUUUCGUACAAAAAGGCACGGGAGCAACGAAAGACCGUAGCAAGGAACAACAGCAGCAAAAGCAGCAAACUAAAUUCAAUGGGCAAAGCUCAUCGGAACAUCAAGCAGCAGCAUCCCAGUAUCAUUCAAACAAUAACAACAACCACGUUGCCUCCUCCACGCCCAACAAUGCAUUCCCCGUGCUGGGCAAUUCGAACAGUGUUCAGUUUGCACUGGCCGCGGGGCCAAAACGUACACCGCCACCAGGCUUUGAAAAUGUGCACGUUAAACGUGUCCCGGCACCUCCGCCAGGUUUUGGCAAUGUGAAACUAAACUCGGUGGCACGGAAUAUGAACAACAUGACGUUUACGAAUUCGACGGGUGAAUCGUACAACAUCUUACCGGCGCAUUGCUAUGCUUCUCCGUCGAACGCCAGCAAAAGAAAUCAGGUGCUAGUGACACACUUCCAAAAAGCGUUGAAAAGUCAUGACGCGUUGAUGGAAUUUCGAACCAUAUCUCAGAUGUUUCGUGAUGGGCAGUACGAAGCAUCGGCCUACUACGAUCACUGCAAAAUAGCACUUGGUGACCGUUUCCUGGAAAUAUUUCCCGAACUGAUCGCACUACUGCCAUCGAUCGCUAAGCAACAGGAACUAUAUUUGGUGUUUUGCCAGGACGAAAAAAAUCGACCAAAAACGGGAUCUUCGGCGAAGGGCAAAUUGUCCAACAAUAAUGUGUCUACGAAGCUGGAAGUAUGCCAGGUGUGUAAGCAAGUGCUCGUACAAGACGAUUUGACCGAACACUAUCAAACCCACUAUAUGGAAAAUAAUUUUCCCAAGCUCGGCAAGUCAGAUGAAGGAAAAGUAGGUACGUCGGCAUGGAAGAAAUGAGAUGCAUGCGUGUG